UUCAUCACCCUCUCCGUCGCCUCGGCCGCUGCCCUCGCUCGCCAUGCUCUCUGCCCGCGUCCCGCUCGCCACCAUCACCGACCAGCAGCAGCUGAGGGUGUCGCCGCUGAAGCGACUCAACCUGUCCGAGAAGGAGAACACGCCCCCGAGUCUCAGCGGGACCCGCAUCCUGGCGAGCAAGGCUGCGAGGAGAAUCUUGUUGGACCUGGCCGAACCGGAACGUAAAGAAUCUACUAAGCCCAGCGUUGAGGACGAGCCCUUACUGAGAGAAAAUCCCCGCCGCUUCGUGGUCUUUCCCAUCGAAUACCAUGAUAUCUGGCAGAUGUACAAGAAAGCCGAGGCCUCCUUCUGGACAGCUGAGGAGUUGGACCUCUCCAAGGAUAUUCAACACUGGGAAGCGCUGAAACCUGACGAGAGACAUUUUAUAUCUCACGUCCUGGCUUUCUUUGCGGCGAGUGAUGGCAUAGUCAAUGAAAACCUGGUGGAGCGCUUUAGCCAAGAAGUUCAGGUUACAGAGGCUCGCUGUUUCUAUGGCUUCCAAAUUGCCAUGGAAAACAUACAUUCUGAAAUGUACAGUCUCCUCAUCGACACUUACAUUAAAGAUUCCAAAGAGAGGGAAUAUCUCUUCAAUGCUAUUGAGACAAUGCCUUGUGUGAAAAAGAAGGCCGACUGGGCCCUGCGUUGGAUUGGGGACAAAGAAGCUACCUAUGGAGAACGAGUUGUGGCCUUUGCUGCUGUGGAAGGGAUCUUCUUUGGCUCUUUUGCGUCAAUAUUCUGGCUCAAGAAACUGGGACUGAUGCCUGGCCUUACGUUUUCCAACGAGCUUAUUAGCAGAGAUGAGGGUUUACACUGUGACUUUGCCUGCCUGAUGUUCAGGCACCUGGUACACAAGCCGUCGGAGCAAAGAGUACAAGAAAUCAUUAUCAACGCAGUGAGGAUAGAGCAGGAGUUUCUCACGGAGGCCCUGCCUGUGAAGCUCAUCGGGAUGAACUGCACCCUGAUGAAGCAGUACAUCGAAUUUGUGGCGGACAGGCUCAUGCUGGAGCUAGGGUUCAGCAAGAUUUUCAAAGUAGAAAAUCCAUUUGACUUCAUGGAAAAUAUUUCACUAGAAGGGAAGACAAACUUCUUUGAGAAGCGAGUGGGCGAGUAUCAAAGGAUGGGGGUGAUGUCAAAUUCAGCAGAGAAUUCUUUCACCUUGGAUGCUGACUUCUGAGUAAACUGCCUGCUCUUUGCUGAUUGUUCUCCCCUUGUCAUAAAAAAUCAGCAAAAGCAAUCAACUGGCUACACCAUGAAUUGUCAGUUAACCGGUAUCUAAGAACUGGGUAGCUACCUCAGUUGGUCCCUUUUAGCUAGUUGUGUCACUAGAAGAAGGAUGUUAAAGGUACUCGGAUUCUUAGGGGAGAUUCUGCCCUUGGCUUCUGUGGCCCCAAGCACCAACAGACCCAGGCUCUAAGAGGCGACCCUCCAGCAAACAGGAUUCAUUCAGCAUUUGUUGCCACAAGACUGUUUAAAAGAUGUGAGCCUCAUUCAUUGCUUCCCGUGGACUCUAGCGUUUACUAAGUUUGUAAAUAAAACUAGCACUUUGCACACAAACAUAGUACUGUCAAGGGGGAAAGCCUGCUUUAUUUGGUUUCUACAUCAAGCACUAAGUAGUGUUUUGUAAGUAGUUUUGCCAAGCUUAAUUCUUCAGUGAAUUAAUU